UCAUCACAUUCACUGAUAGGGUAGAGAAACAUUAUCUCCUGCUGCAUGUGGGCUCUGCUUGCACUUAAAGUUGCAAAAGUUUUGAAGAGUGAUAAAAAAGUGUCCUCAGUCAACCUUGACAGCUUAAGGAGAAGACAGCUUGAGAGGUUAAAGACGUUUUAAUAAUCGGUCUCUCUGCGGGAGACAGAUGUGAUGCUGCAGUGAAUUCUAUGAAGAUUCACAAGGAGUAGGAGAAAGGAAACAAGAAUGGGGAUCCUGGGAGGAGACGUAACUAUUCACAAUAAAACUCAGUACAAAUGGACCUUCUGCAUCGAAUCUAAGGAGCCAUGGCCUAAGUCUGACACAUAUGAUACAUUCACAUUUGGAGGCUAUAAAAAAAAAGUUGUAAAAUACUUUGUUCCCGUCACCAUCAACAGAACAUUCUACAUCAAAGUGAAGUAUGGCGAGUGCUCAGAGAGAGACUGCUACAAAAAUCCAGAUUUGUGGUACAUAUUUGAUCCAAAAGAUGAUCCAUAUUUCACAAUUCGAGAGAGUGGAGACCACAAUCAAAUACAUCUGGACUGCAAUAGACAUUAUGAGAAGAAGAAAUCAACAUGCCCAAAUUAUGUUUCUCAUGACCCCAGCAGUCUCCUGUCUAAAGAUCUGGUGCUGUGUCCGAUCUGUGGGGAUGUGCUCACUGAUCCACUAACCACACCAUGUGGACAUAACUUCUGUAAGAGCUGCCUUACACGGUACUGGGACAUGGCUAGUCAACACUGUUGCUGUCCAUUAUGUAACCAGAUAUUCACCAUGAGACCUGAACUGAAGAUUAAUACAACACUGAACGCGGUUGCAGAUUACUUCAAGAAGGAAACAGUUUCCACAGAACUGAAGAGGAUUCAGCAGUAUGCAGUGGAUGUGACUCUGGAUCCUGAUACAGCUCAUCCAUAUCUCAUCCUGUCUGCUGAUGGAAAACAAGUGACACUUGGAGACAAACAACAGAAUCUCCCUGAUAUACCACAGAGGUUUGAUGAGUGUAUCGGUGUUCUGGGAAAGCAAAGUUUCUCCUCAGGGAGAUUUUAUUAUGAGGUGCAGGUCAAAGGGAAAACUGACUGGGAUGUUGGAGUCGCCACAGAGAACAUUAACAGGAAGGGGGAGAUUACACUGAAUACUCAGAAUGGACUCUGGACUGUGGUACUGAGGAAUGAGAAUCAGUAUUAUGCUUGUGACAAUCCCUGUGUCCCCCUCACACUGAGAGAGAAGGUGGAGGUUGUGCGGGUGUUUGUGGACUAUGAGGAGGGUCUGGUCUCCUUUUAUGAUGUGAAGUCCAGAUCUCAUAUCUACUCUUUCACUGGACAGACUUUCACUGAGAAACUCUAUCCAUUCUUCUGUCCUGGUUUAAAUAAUGAAGGUAAAAAUUCAGCACCACUCUCCUGUAUUUAAAACUGAAUAAAUUUAAACCUCCAUUUCUCCUUAAACCGUGAGGACGAGAGAUUCCUUCAGACUGCCAGGAUUAUCAAAUCCAAUUUAUUUUGCUAAGGAUAUGAGCUCCAACGCGUGCCAUCGAUCUUAAUUGCAAGCUCACAUAUAAAACACUGAGUUCACUCUGACUUAAGGUUAAAACUUUAAUCUAAAACAUUUUUUUAUAUCUAGUGGGUAAUCCUAUGUUAAUAGGAUUACCCAGUUUGCAUUUAUGUGUGUAUCAUUUCUCCAUGUUAAAACAUUGCAUUAGAAAAAUAAUUACUUGUUAUCUGGUAACUUAGGGAACAUAUUUUGAGUUAUUGGAUUAUUAUGAUUUCUGGGAAGUUUCUAAAACAAUGUUUUAAAGGUGAGAGUCAUACUUAACCCUAAACAUAGUUUAUAUACAUCAGAAUGUCUCUUUUGCCGUAGUGUUAACUGGAAAUUGAAGGUGGCUCUGUAUCAAAUAGUAACUCCCUUAUUAUAGCGAGCCUGAUGGUGAAAGGGUUACACAUGUAAAUAAAGAUAAUUUACAGUUUACUCCAGACAUGGGCAAACUACGGCCCGCGGGCCAUAUACGACACGUUGGGCUUUUUAAUCCGGCCUGCCGAGCUCGUCCACGUUAUUAUUAAAUUAAAUUUUAUUAUAAAGACACCACAAUCAUUUUACCUAGCUGUAAUUCCCAUCUAUCCCCAACAGAUGGCGCACCCCUAAGACAUUGACCCUUGAGUGUGAUGCAUUACGGUUACGCUCUACUUCAUUUUGUCGCUUUGCACUUUCAGCCCUUCAGCAAAAAUGAGCGGACCGAAGAAAAGAAAAGUAGACAGUGAGUGCCGAGUGUUCAAUAAAGAGUUGACAACAAAAUAUUUAACUGAAGUCCAACCAACAGCUGUAUGUCGAUAUGCCGAGAAACAGUUUUUAAAGAAUACAACAUCAGCCGUCAUUUUGCCACAAAACAUGCUAACUACGCUAGUAAACAGUCUCCACAAGAACGGGCGGCUACAGCUCAGAGAUUGCCGGCUAAUUUACAGACUCAGCAAAACCUUUUUCACAGACAAACUGCGAUUCAAGAGUCAAGUACUAAGGCAAGUUUUUCCUCCGAAGGCGAAUUUUUAAAAGAAUGCAUGGUUGAGACAGCAGGUCUCUUGUGUAGAGAGCAAAGGCAAAUUUGAACAAAUCAGUUUACUACGCAGAACUGUGACUCGUUGUGUGGAAUUGAUUGACUGACUAACUGACCAAGUUAACUGACCAACACCUCAGAUCUAUCUUGAGAAUUGCCAUAACAAAUAUAACGCCAGACAUUGAUGCACUUGCAAAAAAAGGAGACCAACAACACUGUUCCCACUGAAACUGAACGGGAGUUUAUUACUACAUUAUUAAAUUAAUAAAUUUGUAAAACAAUUUUUACAAUAAACUAAGCACAAUGGUGUUUUGCUGCCUGUUAAAGGCCAAAUCUUUCCAUGUAAUGGUUUUUACAUUUAAUUUAUAUUAGUUCACACAAACACACCAAUCUGGCCCGGCCCCUCUGUCAAAUUUUAGAAACCUUUGUGGCCCAUGAGUGAAAAAGUUUGCCCACCCCUGGUUUACCCUGAUAUUUACUACAUAAUUUAAUUUGAUUAAUAAAAUGUAUAAAGUUCAGCUGCUGAUGUCUGUGUAGAUAAAAACUUUGAAUAUUACUUUGUGCUUUCUCUCUCUCUCUCUCUCUCUCUCUCUCUCUCUCUCUGUCUCUCUCUCUCUCUCUCUCGUUUCUGAAGACAC